AUGGCCACCAACAUGGAAGAGGCCGCCGUCGUGGCGGCAGACUACAUCAGCUCUUUGGAUAAUCUUCCGGCGGAGAUUGCGCACUUGCUUGCGGAGAUUGAGCACAAGGACAGACGCUACAGUGAAAUUUACGCGGAGAUCCAGAAGGACAGUCAGAAAUAUGUCCGCCACUCGAAACGCGAUGGUACACCAAUGUCCGCCAAGGACGGGCAGAUCCCGGACAAGGUCCAGAAGCUGUUCGUAGAGGCGGACAAGCUUUCCGAGGAGAAGAUCAAGCUGGCUGAGCGAAUAGACGCGCUCAUCGCACGCACACGGGCGAGGCUGGAUCACGAUCUCAUAAAGGUCUUGAAGUUGCAGGGAGACGAUGUGCCACCCAGCCUCUCGUCGUCUUCAUACGUCAGCACUAGUCGAAGUGCGGCGCAAGCCAUCAAUGAGAGCUUCCGUGCUGCUUCGAUCACUCUCCCAGAAGCUUUACCUGUUACGCCCAUAGCUGCCGCCAGCCCGAGUGCUUCUGCGCCAGCGCCGAAGCGUCGGAAGACCACUCAUUCAGGAGCAGUGGCAGGCACUAUCAGGGUCCCCAGUCCAGCUCCAGUCGCCAUUCCACCUGCGCGUGUCUCUCGGCUUACUCAACAGACUCCUCGUUCUCGCCGUGGUUCUCCUGCGCGCCUCACGUCGCGCAAAACUGCCUCUCCUAUCGAUGCCGAUGAAGAUGCUGAAGGCGAAGAGGACGUCGAGAACAUGGAUGAGACCGAGGACUCCGAGAUCUACUGCUUCUGUCAGAAGCCGUCGUUCGGCGAGAUGAUUGGAUGCGACAACGAAGAUUGCGCUUACCAAUGGUUCCACAUAUCCUGUGUCAAGAUCAGAAUGCCGCUGCCCGAACAGUGGUACUGCUCCGACUGUAUCAAGAAGGGCUACUCUGCUACUCAGGCGGGUAACAAGAAGAAGAAGCGGUAG